AUGUCUGCGGAUGAUGUCACCAAGGUGGAGCAUGUUGAGGUAGAGAGAUUUACUGUGAGCGGCCCCCCUCACCCAGUCACAGCCACUGCUGUGGUGCUGGACUGUAAGUGCUCCAUAUCUCUGCUGCCAGAGGGUGUGGUGAUCAGGUGGUUCAGGACCAGGUUCGACUCCCCUGUGUACGUCUACAGAGGAGGGCGACGUCGGGUAGAAGAAGAGGAUGAGGCCUACAGACACAGAGCACAGCUGUCUAUAGAGCGUUUGAAGGAGGGAGAUGUAUCUCUCAGACUGGCAGAUGUGCGGGGGACAGAUAACGGAACCUACACGUGUUUUGUUGACUACGCCGGAUCACAUGAACAGACAAAGAUCCAAUUACAGGUUCAAGCCCUUGGCAGUCAGCCGUGGGUUCGCAUUGAAGAGCAGCCCUAUGAUGGUUUGAAGCUGCUGUGUGAAUCCAGUGGGUGGUUCCCAGCACCAGAUGUUCUGUGGACUGAUCAUCAGAGACAAAACUUAACAACAGUCAUCAACACUACGGUAAGACAGGAUUUUAAAGGUUUCUUUACCGUUGAAAGUCAAAUAGAAAUCAAGCCGUCGAACGACAAGAUCAGGUGUGUGAUUCACACCGCGGAUCAUCAACAAGAAGCAAAACUGCAAAUCUCAGACCAAUUCUUUCCCAAAGUGCCAGUGGGUUUGGUGGUUGCUGCACUGCUCCUGGGACUUGCCACACUUGUGCUGACUGUUCUUAUCGACUACAGUGCAAAACAGCAACGAGAGAUCACAGCUCUACAGAUAAGACUGGCUCCGGCCUCUCUGACUCUGGAUCCUGACACUGCCCAUCCCAACCUCAUCCUGUCUGAGAACCUGACCAGCGUGAGAUACGGAGACAGAAGGCAGCAGCUCUCUGACUCCCCAAAGAGGUUUGAUACCGUUGUCAGUGUCCUGGGGUCUGACGGCUUCAAAUCAGGGAGACAUUACUGGGAAGUUCAGGUGGCCAAUAAGACAAACUGGACAGUGGGUUUCGCCAGAGAAUCUGCCAACAGGAAAGGAGAAUUCACACUCUCACCAGAGAACGGAUACUGGGCUGCGUGGUUGAGAAACGGUACUGAAUAUGAAGCUGGUGAAUCACCUUCCAUCCUUCUGUCCCUGACAGAGAGACCCGGGAGGCUGGGUCUUUACCUGAACUAUGAGGGGGGACAGGUGAUAUUUUACAACGCUGAUAACAUGUCUCAUCUCCACACUUUCAUCCAGACUUUCACUGAGAAACUUUUUCCUUACUUCAGUCCAUGUGAUAAUGACGGCGGCAAAAACUGUGAUCCUCUGAGGAUCUGCCAGGUUACAGAUUAA